GUGUUUACAAAAGAACUUAGCGGAGAUAGUUUGACAGACAGGGUACUUUUCUCCGAAGAAGGUAUUCUUGAUGUUACCGCAAUAACUUUGACUCUGACUGAUGUUCCAGCAGAGGACAUACAAGUGACGAUUGAAUUUGUUGGUUGUAUUGAAAAAGUUUAUACUACAACGGAGAUGCCGACAACCACAACAAUGCUGCCAACUACAACAACAAUGGUGCCAACAACUACAACGGAGAUGCCAACAACCACAACAAUGUUACCAACAACCACAACAGAGAUGCCAACAACUACAACAGAGAUGCCAACAACCACAACAAUGUGGCCAACUACAACAACAAUGUUGCCAACAACCACAACAGAGAUGCCAACAACUACAACAGAGAUGCCAACAACCACAACAUUUUUGCCGCCAACCACAACUGAGAUGCCAACAACUACAACAAUGUUGCCAACGACCACAACAGAGAU